AUGUUGGAUAUGACUCAAUAUCGAAGACAUUAUCAUAACAUUGAGAAGAAUCUAUUUUUAGGAGACCUGAAGUUCGCCACCAAUGCUGAAGAAUUAAAAGCGAUGGCCAUUAAAGUGAUUGUAUCAGUGAUUGACUUCACUUUCAAUGAGACAAAGGGCUCCGGCAUUACGUACUAUCAGUUCCGAGUGGCCGACAACGAGAACGAAGACGUGUUGACUAUAUUUCCCGAAACCAAUCGGAUUAUCAGCGAAUGUCAGGCAAAGAACAGGAAUGUGUUGGUUCACUGUCAGGCCGGCGUCUCCCGCAGCGCAUCGGUUGUCAUCGCGUAUCUCAUGUCUAAAUACCGGAAACCAUUCGCCGAAACCAAGACUAAGGUCAGUGCCAUUCGCCGAAAGAUAGCUCCGAAUCCCGGUUUCGUUCGGCAACUGAUUCUCUACGAAGAACUCAAUUUCACGAUCUCUGCCAACAAUCGUAAAGUGAGACUACAUUUACUCCAAACACUGUUUCUCAACGCAAACAUCAGUUCAAUCAGUGAUCGCUAUUUCCCGAGACUGGCGGCCGUCGAACGCAUGUCACCCAAUCUGAUCCCCGGAAAGCCCUUUCUGUGCGCCAAAUGUGGGUUCACUUUGUGUUACGAAAUAAAUGUGAUUAGAAAUGAGACAAUCGGUGGCACGACGUGUGGUAUCGUCUAUAUUGAGCCCCAAAACUGGAUGCGACAGAAGAUUGCGGAUCUGUUUGCGGCCAAGAGUUUCCCCAAACAGGCUCUUCACAUGUCGUGCAAUUGCGGCGAAGUUGUGGUCAACUUUAAGGAUCAAUUCAAGUCCUAUGUCUGCAAUUGUCUCAUUCAUAAACAACUCAAUUGUCUGUAUUUUCAUCUCAGAGCCGAUAAGUACAAAAUUGGCAAAUAA